GACCCAAAUUCACUGGUGCAUCAUUUAAAUGGUGAUUGAGUUGGACAUGGGUACUAGCGACCCUCACUCUCUCUCUUACACUAGUAACACUAAUUUUAAUAGCCCGCACUGUUCUUCCCAAGGUUGGGAUCUCCAUAACCUUGGAGUUCUCAACGCAGACAUGUCUUUAGUCAUGGGCAGCACUCCGCCCUACCUCUCGGACUUGGAUUCGGAUCACGACCUCUCCACGGGCUAUCUCGAGGAUGCGUUGCUCGAGUUUGGCGACCGGUCGAAGCGGCGCCGACUCUCGUUCUGCGGUGAAGACUGGACCAGAGAAUUCAACGACCAUGCACUGGGCUACUGGAACUCGACUUGCAGAUGGGGUGUCGACGAGAAUUACAGUGGCAUGAGUGAAAUAACUAGUUUCACCAGAUUCUCAGAUGAAAUGGGGAGUUCCAGGAGCAGGACAAGCGAGGAGACGAAUUUUUUUCCUGAAGUCAAGACGCAAGAGGACGUCGUGUCGUCGCUGGAUUCCUCCUCGCCGUUCAAAGAGUCGUCACGGACCAAGUCUGGCUCUGACAAAGAAGUCCAAUUCGCUCUCGAUGCCAUGCCUUUAGCUGAAAAAGAAAUGGGUACAGGAUGCAGCGGUGAGAAGAGGAGGAGGCAGGAGAGGAUGGUGGUGACGAGGGUGGUGUACCCGUUCGCGGUGGUGAAGCCUGGCGGUGCCGACGGGGACGUGACGCUGAAUGACAUCAACGAGAGGCUGCUCAUGCCGCCGACUAGGCCGGUCAGGCACCCGGUCGGGGACUUCGCUUGUCGCCCCUGCGUGUCCCCUCAUGGUCCUGGCCUCUCCGGUAAAGCUGUAGUCGCUCUCACCCGACUCCACACUCAAGGACGAGGCACCAUCACCAUCAUUCGCACCAAAGGUUGAAUCGAUCAAUUAAAAAGAGAGUAAUGUUAGUUGUCGCUACCCAAAAACAAAAGUUGGGCAAAUAUUUCCGUCAUAGUAUCAAUUCUACUUUUUAAAAAUUUUCAAAGAUUCAUUCUCCAAAUUAAUUUACAAAGCGAUGUGCCAUUUUCUUGUCGAGUGCUUGAUGCGGCCUCCCGCUAGUUAGCUGCGUCGCUUUGUAAAUCGAUUUUGUGAAUUAGUCUUUAUAUAUCUAGCAUCGAUCUUUCUCUCGCCAAUAGGCAACCGGGCGGGAGAGAGAGGUAAACGAGAGCAUCUAAAACUUUUGGUCUGGCUUGAGUUGUGCUUGUACGGCUUGAUGUAAUGUAUAUACGACGUAAUGGUGAUGUAAUUUUUGUUUGCUAUUGUACAGUUUAUUUCAUGUGUGGCAUUUAGUAAUAUUAAGCUCGGCAUUAGCUGGAUUGCCAGGAAGUUUAUGUUCA